AUGACCCACCGCGCGCCCGUCAUCUCCAUCUCCCACGGCGGCGGGCCCAUGCCCAUCCUCGGCGACCCGGGCCACGCCGCCAUCGUCAAGUCCCUCUCCACCAAAGUCCCCGAGCUCCUCAAACUCGGUACGCCCGAGCAGCCCCGCGCCAUCGUGCUCGUCACCGCGCACUGGUCGGAACGCGUGCCGACGAUCUCGAGCGGGAAGAAGCACAGCCUGCUCUACGACUACUACGGCUUCCCCGCUGAGAGCUAUAAGUUGAAGUACGACGCGCCUGGGAGCCCGGAGGUCGCGGCGGAGGUGCAGGCGGCGCUGCAGAAAGUAGGGCUGAAUGGGGAGCUUGAUGGGCAGAGAGGCUGGGACCACGGCGUCUUCAUCCCCCUCCUCCUGAUCCACCCCGCGGCCACCAUCCCCAUCGUCCAGGUCUCCGUCCUCGCCUCCGAAUCCCCCGCCCAGCACUACCGCAUGGGCCGCGCGCUGUCCUCCCUGCGCGACUCCAACGUCGCUAUCAUCGGGUCUGGGUUCGCGAGCUUCCACAAUCUGCGGCUGAUGUUCAGCGGCGCGCUGAAUGAUAAGAGCUUCAAGACGCGGAACGCGGCGUGGAGCAAGGCGGUCGAGAACGCGGUGUUGGAGAAGGACGAGGGGGAGCGGGAGAAGGCGUUGGAGGGGUGGCGCAAUUGGCCCGGCGCGUUUGAGAUGCAUCCGAGGGGCGGUGCGGAGCAUUUUUUGCCGUUGGUGGUUUGUGCCGGGGCUGGUGGGGAGGGGAAGGGGGAGAGGUGGGUGGAUGAGUUUAUGGGGUUGGAUAUGUAUAGUUUUUAUUGGACGUAG